CACACUCAGAGCUGGUCUCUUCUGCCCACCUAACGUACCCAUACCACCUUCCUAGGCCUGGUGCCGCACAACUCUUAAUCGCUUCUUACGAACAUCAUGUACACAUUCUGCUGCUGUCUUCCGGUUCGCUUUGGUGCCUUCGCUCUGUCGGCUGUGACCGCCGUCGCAUCGAUAAUGAUCUCAAUUGGGAUGUUCAUUGCCUUCAAGAAGCAAGGACCUGGGAUCCCCGCUGCUGAAAAGGCCGUUCUUAUCAUUGCCGGGAUCCUGUGGCUUCUGCUCUUCUUGUUCUCGGUAUUCGGGUUCAUCGGCACAUUGUCUGCUCGUCGUACUUUUGUUCUGGUGUACUCGCGCAUGCUGUGGAUUCACUGGUUCGUGUCCACGUUUGUCGGUUCCAUCCUUAUCUGGAACCUCUCCCGCAAGAGCUUCCACACGAAGUACCUUGCGCAGUGUGAGGCGGAGGACCCUAAACACAACACUGCCGCUGUUUGCGAGAAAAGUCUCCAGAUUGGCCGGGGUAUCUACAUCGCGGUCUUCGUCGUCUUCCAAUUGAUCUCCCUCUAUGGCUGCAUCAUUGUCAGCCGUUACGUCAAGCAGCUCCAGGAAGAGCAGGACCACAAGGCGAUCCGGAAGAUGGAGAACACCCUCGCCAACAUGUCGUACGCGUACACGAACCAGGCCAACUCGUUCGGCAACACGCCCGCGACAGCCAAUCCCACUAGGAAAUGAGCGCCACGUUCACAAUCCCAGACCUGUUUCAAUUUGGUAGAUAGCAAAUGCUCCAAUGCAUGCCGUAGUUGCGAGCCCAGGGCAUGCUUCGGAAUAAGGCAGAUGUGGCACCACAUCAGCGCGCCGCGAUAGUGAGCAGAUGUAAUGACGAGGUGGCUUGUGCUCUU